AUGAGAGAGCAAAGGAUUGAGGAUACUGGGGGCUUUGUAAUGUGGGCUGGGACAUGGCGUGUCGGUGGUGUUCUUGCCGUUUCUCGUGCAUUUGGUGAUAGGCACCUGAAACAGUUUGUUGUCGCAGAUCCAGAAAUUCAUGAGGAAGCGGUUGAUGGAUCUCUCGAAUUCCUCAUCCUUGCAAGUGACGGAUUGUGGGAUGUUGUCACGAAUGAGGAGGCGGUGGUAGCUAUUGUCAAACCCCUACAAGAUCCAGAACAAGCAGCAAAGAAACUGUUACAGGAGGCCUAUCAAAGAGGUAGUUCUGACAACAUCGCUUGUGUCGUGGUACAGUUUCUUGGCUAG